AAAGAAUCUAACAAUUCCAGGCUCCGUAAAAGGUAUGGAAGUCGCAUAAACUUUCAUUAAAAAAAAAAAAGACCCCCGAAAAAGACUGCUUCGCUUUCUCGAAUUUUCCUUCUCCGUUUAUCCCUUUCUCUAAAUUUUCUUCCGACAGAAAUCAAUUUUGUUUUCCCCUUUUUCUUCGGGGUAAAAAGAACCUUUCUCAUAUAAAUCAUUGAUUAGCUCGAAUUUCGAUCCAUUAUGGCUGCGAAGAUUCUUGCCAACUUAAUUGUAAUGGGCUCAGGUAUAUUGGCUCGGGCCGUUGUUCAGGCAUACCGUCAAGCACUUUCAAAUGCCGCCAAAUCUGGUGUUACCCAUGAGACACUACAAAACGCAGUCCGUAGAGGUGGCAAAGUCAUGACCGAGCAAGAGGCCAGGCUGAUUCUUGGUGUAAGCGAGGAGACUGCUUGGGAGGAGAUAUUAAAGAAGUAUGAAAUUUUAUUUGAGAAGAAUGCCAAGAAUGGGAGCUUCUACCUUCAGUCAAAGGUUCAUAGGGCUAAGGAGUGCUUAGAAUCUGUCUAUCAAGGCAAAGCAGAGGGCAGUCCUCCGAGUUGAGAACUCAUCAAGAAGUGCUUGAUUUUUUAAAUAAUAAUAAUAAUAAAAGUUUUUCAUAUUUUCAAUAAAAAGAAAUCUUUAAAUUUUAUAAAAGAAAAAUUCCAAGAUUAUGAAAAAAAAUAGUCUUUAAAACUUCAAAAAUUUUAAAUUAAAUUUAAAAAAAAAUAAGUUCUACAAAUUCUAAAAAAAUGACCAAUACUCGUGAGGAUGAAGGACGGGAGUCGCAAAGAAAAAAGAACUUAUAGCAGGUAUGCUAUGCCAAAAAUACAAACUAUUCUGCUUGAUCAUUCAAAGAGGCACUACCUUUUAGUUAUAAGUGCUUAAUUCCAAACACUUUCUUAAUCCUCAAAAAUAUUGUUAUCAUGAAUCAGAAUUUUAAUAUUUUUGAUGUGUAGGAUCCAUAAAUGGCAAGCACAGAGCAUACCAUAUUGCAAUUCAUUAUUAACUCAUUCACUGGACUUUUGAGAAGAAGAAGAUCUACAGAAACAAAAAAUUUAAAAAGCCUGGAUAGUAAAACACACUGAUAUUUUUAUUAAGAGAAAACUCGAUGAUCUUACAAGCCAUGCUCCCUUCGCCUUUUAUAGCCGAAGGAAAGUAUGAGCUGGACGAUUACAACAGUACAUAAAGAACAGUAAAGAGUAAUAAACAGUAGAAAAAGUAAUAAACAGUACACAUCAGUACACUCUAUUAUUUAUGAUAAGAAAAAGUAAAGAUUCCCAUAAAAAGUUCUUUCAGCUAUUGAAAUUUGAAUGGAGAAGUAGAGCACUAUCCAUAAAAUCUUCACUGUGAUCAGUCAUUUCAUCCAUUUCAUGCUUAUCUUCUUUAUCAUGAAUUUUCAACUUUGAAAGAUUGAUUUGACUGCAAUGCCACGGGUAGUCUUGGGACCAUUCUGAUGGGUCUGGAAUAGCUUAAUAAUACUCUUGGAUGGCUUUUAAGAUUUUUUUGUGAUAAGGUUUAUGUUGUGUUGGCCAUGUGUCCUAUGGUGCUGUAAUGUCUGGAGGAGGUCAUAUCUCAAAUGGAAUGAUUCUAUUGAGCUGACAGAAGAAUUUUUGUAAUCCCCUAUACUGGAUACCAUAAUUUUGAAUGUCAUCAGUGAUAAUCUUGUGAACCCACGAAGUAAGAAAAGAUCCAAGUUGGGUUGCUCUUCCACAUUGUAUAAAAAUUUGGGGUUUAUAGAAAA